AUGAUUGGCUCAUUAUUAGACAGAUUUGGAAUUCGCGUCGCUAGAAUCUACGGUGGUACCCUCCUUACCCUCUCCUUCAUCUUCCUCUACUUCCUCCAUUUAAGCUCCCAUGCUCUCUGGUUCUUCUGGAUCUUCCUGUGCAUGGGAACACUUGCUCCCCUCCUCACUCUUCUCCCCCUGGCGAACUACUUCCCUAGACGAAAAGGAAUGAUCAUUACAAUCAUCAACGGCGUCUACGACUGCUCCGUUGCCGCGACUGCUUUUUGGGCGAGUUUUUACAAAAAUGGAAUGAGUAUUCAGACCAUGGCCAUGUUCCUCAUCGGUGUUAUGGUGUUCUUCUGGAUAAGAACUUUCGUGAUGCUUCCAAAGUCAACAGUGGCAGAAACGAAUCAAAACGAGGAGAAUUCGUGGGAUUGCGAGAAAGAAAAACUGGAGUCGGUAAAAUACGAACAUGAGCAAGAAGAACCAGAGCCGACAAUUUGGGAAACCUUACAGUCGGCGAGUUUUAUGCUCUACUACCUUUGCUACGUCAUCAUCGAUUGCCGAAUUAUCCUCACUUUUUACCUCCUACCGACCAUUCUCGAUUCCGUUUAUGAUGAUGAAGAAAAAAAGAUGCAAAUCAAUCAGCUUUUUAUGCAGGCGAAUUCGCUGUCCUUCAUUAUUUGCCCUCUCGCGGGAUUUCUUGCUGAUACGUUCAACAGAAAAACUGCUUCUCAUACGAUGAUGAUCUUCAUCAUCAUCAUACAGAUUUUGGUCUCGAUCCUUCCUCUUUUGAAAACGACCUGGGCGAUGUAUCUCUUCUGCAUCAUCUUCCCCAUCGGAAGAACCAUGUUCUACGGCGUUUCAAGUAUGAUCAUGCUUGAUGAAUUUCCCCAGUCCCAGUUUGGCUUCCUUUAUGGCUUCGCGAAUCUGAGCGCUGGUGUGGCGAUUUUUGCACUGACGAAUUUCAUCGCGAUUUUUAGUCAAUCGUUGACUCAAUUUAUGUUCGUCAACAACAACCACACCAACCACAACAACUACAACAACCAUAACAACUACAACAACCACAACAACCACAACAACCACACCAACCACAACAACUACAACAACCAUAACAACUACAACAACCACAACAACCACAAUAGCCACUACAACAGCAAUCACUUCAACUCAAUUAAGUCCCCCCUUGUUGUAUUCAACAAUUCAGACUUCAACAUCUACUCAAACAAUCCAAACCACUACAAUUCGAACUUUUACCCCUUGGUGGAACUGGCCCACAACAACUACUACUUUAUUGUGGCUUCCGUCAACAACCAUGUCCACAACUUUCUGGACAAGCUUUUCCGAGCCUACAAUGAGCCCGAAAUGUUCAAAGCAAAAUAA